CCACGCCCCCUAGUGCUUGGCAUCCUGACUGCGUCAUGACGUCAGUCUACAUCUGAACCUAGACACAGUCGCAGCCAUUUUCCUCCGUGAAAUAAACUUCAAUCUCGUAGCUGGAGGCUCGGGAGAACAAACCCAAUACCUACAGAAGACGGCUCUGCUGACUCUAACGGACAUGUGAAGCAAAACUGGGACAAGUUCGUAUUACAGGACUUCAGAAUUCGGUAGCAGUGGGCUGUCAAUUAAAAGGACGGUGACCUAAAGGAACUGUUUGUUUUGAACCCACCCCCGACCCCUCCCCUGAGGGAGCAUGGAGCCCCAGGCUUCCCAGAGUCAGCUCGUUGCAGAGGGGGAUUGUGGGAUGUCCGUUCUUCUUGUGCCCAGUCCCCAGAGCGAGGCGGUGACCCAAGACAUGCAGGAGCUGACACUGCAGCCCACACAGAAUCUGCCUCCUCUGAGUGAACGCAAAAAUGUCCUGCAGUUAAGGCUCCAGCAAAGGCGGACACGGGAGCAGCUGGUGGAGCAGGGCAUCAUGCCACCUCUCAAGAGCCCAGCGGCUUUCCAUGGGCAGAUUCGCAGCCUGGAGAGAGCCAGGACUGAGAAUUUCCUAAAACACAAGAUUCGUAGUCGUCCAGAGAGAGCAGAGCUGGUCAGGAUGCACAUUCUACAGGAGACUGGAGCAGAACCUUCACUGCAGGCAACACAGAUGAGGCUAAAGAGAGCCCGAUUGGCCGACAACCUGAAUGAGAAGAUCGCCCAAAGACCUGGUCCAAUGGAGCUGGUGGAGAAGAACAUCAUUCCAGUGGAUGUCAGCCUGAAAGAAGCCAUCAUUGUUGGCCAGAUGAAUUACCCUAAAGUGCUGGAUGAAGACAGCUGUGAACCCUUGUCUCCAGAGCAGCCAGCUAGCCAGGAGUCUCAGAACUCUGCCCCGUCACCAGGAGAGAGCAAAGCUCCAGAGACGCCCUCUCCUGUUCCAACAUCAACAUCACUGUCUAGAUCCAUGAUGCAGACCUUCCCAAUCUCUACACAAGCGACAACAGAAAUCACAAAAGUGAUUCCUGCCAGUGAGCUUCUGUCCAGCCGUCCGUUUCUCCCUCCUUCAAAAUCAGGCCCAACACUGGUCAAACAAAGUCAGCAGAAGACACCUGGGGAGAAAAGUCGCAAGAAGGGCAAGGAGCCGAAGCCCAGGGUGAAGAAGCUAAAGUACCAUCAGUAUGUUCCUCCAGACCAGAAGCAGGAGGCCAGCGAGGCACCAAUGGACUCUUCUUACGCCCGACUACUGCAGCAGCAGCAGCUGUUCCUGCAGCUGCAGAUUCUCAGCCAACAACAGCAGCACUACAACUACCAGACCAUCCUACCAGCUCCACUCAAACCUGUGGCAGAGGGUCAGAACAGCACUACAGGCAGCCUGCCGACCUCCAUUGUGGUGUCACUGCCCACCACUCCUGCACCUCCUCCUCUACCCCCGGUUCCUGCUGCGUCUCGGCCAAACAAUUCACUGACAAACCGCAAGCCUGGAGUUCUGCCCGCCAACCUGGAGGAGAUGAAGGUAGCCGAGCUGAAACUGGAGCUGAAGCUGCGUAGCCUUCCUGUGUCAGGAACUAAAACUGAUCUCAUCGAGAGACUCAAGCCUUUCCAGGAUAAUUCUAGCACUUCUGCUCCUCUCACCAUUCCUCCUUCCACUACCACCUCCAUCCCCAUGGACAUCAGCGCUGCUCCCACUGCUGCCAGUACCACCCCUGCCAUAGUCCAUCCUGUCCAGCAGGUGGCUUCAGAGAGCAUGACCGCCACACCACCAGUGUCACCCAAUCCAAAUGAAGUCUCCAACAUCCAGCAAGAUGUUGGCAUGAUGGAGGCACCACCUGAAGCACCAGUAGCCAGCAGCUCUGGCUCAUCAGCUCAGUGGUCCUUGUCUGUUCUGUCUGUUGGCGUGCCAGAAGAAAAGGACAGAAGGCUUCACGAGAAGGAGCGGCAAAUCGAGGAGCUGAUGAGGAAGCUGGAGCAGGAGCAGAAGUUGGUGGAAGAGCUGAAGAUGCAGUUAGAGGUGGAGAAGCGAGGGCAGGGUGGCAGCAUAGCAGACUCUGUUAGUGUAUCUCCUAAACACAGCUCCUUACCUGCCAUGAACCUCGGCCCUGCUGUCCUAAAUCAAAAUGUCAUAAAAGUAGAAGGUAGUGUUUUGUCCAACUGUUCCUCCCCUGCUGCUACCAUCUCUAACUCAAUCCUGGGCUCUCAGGCUCUCACACCACCUCUACCAACCAUGGUGAAGUUGGAGGAUGUGACUGUUGCUGCUGGAAAGCCCAUCCAGCUCCAGGCUCCAACUCAGCUCAUCACCAAGAUCCAGUCCCAAACCCAACACCAAAUGAGCUCCAUCCCGCAGCAGAGGAGUCCUAAACUCCAGACCAAGCCCCAGUCCCAACCCACGUCCUCCAGUCUGCAGCAGUUCUUUAUUAGUCACCAAGGUGGAGUGUCCCAGGUGCUAGGUCAACCCCAGACCCUGUUAACUACAUCUGGACAACCUCAGACUGUGCUGACCUCUACUGGUCAAGCUGGGACUCAGAUCCUGCUCCCAGUCUCGCUGCCUAACAAUGCAACAGCAAUCCAGCUGCCGAGAACCAAUGUCAGUCUGCAGCCUGUCACCACAGCCUCAAAUCCAGGUAUGGCACAGGCUUCAGUUCCUCAGCUGCAGAACAGUAAGAUGGAGACGGUGUCCAGCCAGCAGCUAACUAACCACAACCAAUUGCUACAGACUCUGACUGUGUGCAAUAAUACAACUGGUUUGGAGCACCAGAGUAGAACUGAGAUGAAUCCUCAGUGUUUCUUAGGAAGGUCUCCUGAAAACAGAGUCUCUCCACGGGCUUCACCCAAUCAUCACAUAACCAAUGGACCACUUAACAAGUCUCCUUCUCCCCAGCCUACCUUUAUCCUCCAGCCCACCUCCCUCAUCACACAGCCACCAAAGACCAGAGAGCCUCCCCGCUAUGAGGAGGCUGUCAAACAGAGCCGCAACAUGCACAUCAACAAUGCACCACAGGCUCCUUCAGCAACCAGCCAACAAAUGGAUGACCUAUUUGACAUCCUCAUAGAGAGUGGAGAAAUCCAACCAUUCAUCCACCAGGACUCUCCCGCGACUCUCAGUAAGACCCUCCCAGUCACAGCCAACAUCACCACCCUGCCUGUUAACACCGUCCUCUCCAGACCUCCUCCUCAGAUUCAUUUGGGCCCCCCUCCCACUCUAAGCCCUAACGUCGACCCCAGUCUGCACAGUCUGUCCUCUCUGGCCACUGACAAUCAGCUGGAAGCCUUUCUGGAAAGAACACUGGCGGACACGUCACAUGCCACCGACUUGCGGACCCAGGGUCUGAUGGAGGAGCUUCAUGCCCAGCUGAUGGACCAGCAGCCCUACUCACCCAUGGACACAUCGGAUCUGUCCUUCUGUGAUUCCUCUUCACCUCCUUCCUCAAUACACAUGGGUCUGUCCGACCCGGUUCUGGACAAUAUGGAAUGGCUGGACCUCACCAUGCCCCCUGGUUCUGCUGGAGUUCUCACACCACUUGGAAUCCCAACGGACUUCCUGGACACACAGGAUCUUCCUCUGCACUGGGACUGACAGGUCAGAGAAGGAAAGAGAGUCGGCUGAGUAUCUGAGCCAGGAGCUGAAGUCAGUCGCUGGCUGUUAAGGUCAUUCACAUUCUAUCACAUUUUUAAGGGAAACAAAAAGAGAACAUCAGACCUUGUCUGUGCCUCAAUUAAAUCAAUGGAUCAUCAUCACUAUCUGUGACGUUCCCACUAUACUACAGUAGAGACGUUGGCUGGGCAGUGCACUGAUGGAGCUAAAACUACGAGCAGGAGUUUGCACAGCUUUAAAAGAGGGAGAGUUUUAUCAAAAAGGGUGUAAAUGUGUAAAUAGUCUUCACACCACACUAGGACAAUAUACUGUUCACAGAGCUUGUGACUGUUUUAUCUUUUUACUGUGUCAGUGCAGUAACAGUUACUACAUACACCUUGAAGUGUUUCAUCUUUGAAAACCUCUAACCCUCUGAGACUUGCUGUGCCAUACUGGGUUAUGGUUGGCAUUUGCAGUAAAAAGAGUUAAGAGAUACUGAAUAGUGACGAAUUUGAGGUCUGUUGCAGCAGCUUCAACUAACAACUCCACCUUGACCCACUUGGAAUAGACUACUCCUACCUGAGGUGAAGCCAAGCUGUCUGAUGCCCAUAUACUCUAAAAGUACGCUUGCUGACCGUUCUGAUAAAUGCUGUAUCAGAUGUGACUCUUCAUUCUGUCCUCUUGACAGUCACAGGCUGAUGAACCAACAAGUCCUAACGAACAAAGACUGGACUCCAGUCGGACACCGACGACGACAGGAGGUGCUCCUCCUUCAAAGCGAGAGCUAUGCACUAACGGGGCCAAAGGAUCAACAACUCGGCCUCUUUAUUCCACUUAAUGGGAUGAAAUGUGAAUCACAGGCCUUGAUAUCAAGAUGAUAUCGAUCGGCAGAUCAGUAAUGGCCCUGAUCACGUCAGAAUUAAUUGUAGUUGUUGGCCAAGUCUCUCUUACUUUGAAUGUAAACUUUUUGAAACAAUCAAAAAAAUAGGACAUAACUUACAAAAGUUGGCAGCUUUCUCUCGGGUCUGAUGGUAAAACCAGACACGAGGCAACAGAAAGGGAACAAAUAUGGCUUUCAUAGACACCGAGACCUAAGUCUGUAUGAUUGUCAGUCACAUCAAGAAGAAGAGCUUUACUAUCAAGAUUUCCUUAAACAUCCUUGCACUUUGUGUGUGUGUGUGUGUGUGAGAGAGAGAGUAAGUGAAAGAGAGAAAUAAUGUAACACUAACCAACAGAUACGACCAUUAAAAUUCCCUGUAGCUCAUACGUUAAGGCUGCUUUUCCAGCCUUAUUAUCUGGAGACCAACCCUCAGUUUGAGGAUCGAUGUUCUAAAACAAGGAGAAACAGUCUGAUGUUGAUGCAUCAGCUACUGACUGUGUACGUGGGUGUGUGUGUGUGUGUGUCAGUGAAAGAUUGAAGCGCGUGUGUGUGUAAAUGUAGAUUUGUCUUUCUGUGUCUUGCAUGAAUCUUUGUGUGUCUCCGUGUGCACGAUUGUCGUCAGGUUUAUUCUCUGAUUCCUGAGCUUUUACAGUGCUGAAGUUGUUGAAGUUGCACUUGAUGCAACAUUUUCUACAUGAUGGGAGCUUAUUGUAUUUACCGAAAGAGGAAAGAAAUCUUCUUGUUCUUAAAUGAUGAGUUAACUCAGUGGCUCCCCCUUUUGGAGAUAUGACUGUUGUUGUGCCCUCUGACACACUGUGCUUCAAACUUGAACUGAAAUGAAAUAUAAUCACUCUUUUUUUUCAUCAAACAAAAAACUAGAAUUAUUGCAAUUAAUUAUUUACCAUACAUAACCUGGGACAAAACAAAAUAAUAUUAAAUUUAGAAAAUAUCAUUAACUGUCUCCACAAAACAGGCUGUAAAACUUAUUUAGUUAACUGAGAAUUUGAAACAUAAAACACAAGUCCAUGCUGUGGGCUUCUGGUUUGUGGUACAGAUGUUUGAACCUCAUUCUUUGGCCUUUCCCAGGGGUUGCACCCCACACUUCGGGAACCACUGCAUUGACUUUUCCUAAGAAGGGAUUUUGGCUGUUUUAUUCCUGGUGAAUGUAAUAAGCUCCCAGACUAAAUGUUAAUCCUUUCAAAGCUUCUGACGGCUGUUGUACUGUUUAAACUCUUCGUUGUUCAGUUUUGUUUGUGCUAAUGUCAAACACGCACAGACACCUUUGUCCUGCUUAAGCCAAGGUUAAUACUCAUCAUGUAUUUUUAAGAGGAUUAUAUCACAUCCCACAUACUAUAACCUAUCAUCCCAGGAUAAUGAUUUACUAUCUUUAUCUAAGUAUUGUGAGUUGCGGAGGGGGGAGGCAAGGGUGAUGUGGGUUAAUUUUAUGGCACUUUGAAAUGAGAUUGCUUUUUCCUAAGUCUCUUUUUUGUCAGUUAAAUUGCAGUUAACCACUUCAUUGUGGACACUAGAGGGCGCUUGUCCGCCGUUUGUGACAUGUUGGCACAUUGCCAGUGGCAAUUGUAGGUUCUUCAGGGUCAAUUUUUAGGAGAUAAAAGAAGGUAAAUUAGGUGAUUUUACUUUUGCUUUAUUUGCUGUUGACAUAAGCAAUAAUGUGGAAACCUUAGGAAAAAAAAAGAAAUUCUAAGAUCUCUUUGGAUGUUCCCAAACUCACAACGCUGUCAUUGUUGCACCAAAUAUCUGGCGGCAAUAUCUGUCUUUGUUCUCUGAAACGUUCCCACUGUAUUUUAUGAGUUUCCCUCACAAUGCUGUAAAUGCCUAGUACUGGUGGGUACACAUGUCUGUGUAUCCUAUAGACAAGUUGACAAGUUUGUGUUUUUUAAGGCUUUAUAUGAUAUGUCAUUUUGUUGCCAAAAGGCAGAGGAAUAUAUUAUUCUGUUUUGUUAUUUUUUGUAAUGAUGGAAAAAACAUUAUUGUUUCGUUGCUUGUGUAAAAUCAUAUUUUUUGUGUGUGUGUGUGGGGGGGUGAUUCGUUUUUAUUCCUAAAGGUUUUCUCUUCUCAUAUCUGACAUGCACAAACUUCUUGGCUGCAAAAAUAUGAACAAUUUACACUUUGACGACGUGACACCAACCACUUUUGGCCAUCAUGGUUGCUGAUUAGCCAGACAGGCAGAGUUGAAGGGCAAUAAGUGCAGCUCUGCCUUGACAUUUACUGUACUGUAAGUCAAAUCCUGCCUUGAUUUUUAUUAAUGAAGGAGCCUUUUACUGCAUACAGAGUAAUAUAUGAGUUUAAAAACACUUCACAUCUGAGUGGUUAGGUUUUAAAAACCUGCUGAUGUAAAGAGGUUUGUUGACGUGACAGCAGUCAGGCUGCAGCUUCCCUGUCUGUCACAUGAACACUGUACAUCGUCAGUUAACGUUCACCACUUGAGUCAGCUGAUGGACAUUUGUUUUUGUUUGUUCUUUUUCUUUAUCCAUAUCCACGAUCCAUGCCAUGCCUCUUGUUGUUUAUAAUGCCAUAUGUUUUGCACAUUGUGUACAUAUUUAUAUAGAUGCAAUGCAUAUUUUUAUACACGUGUAACAUCCAUGGGCUCUCUAUUUUGUAAAUACUCAAAAUAAGAUGUAUAUAAGUACUGAAUGCCUUUAUGUGUCAAUUAAAUUUAGUGUACUGUGAUCGGCUGAUCCUUUACAUUUGCAGUAUUUGAAAAUUAAAAAAAAUCCAGUAGUCAA